AUGGUUCGUUCAUCACAACUGAGCUCUCUUCUUCUUCUUAUUCAAUAUUUAACUUUCACAUGGGCUGCAAGUGCAACCCCAGCUUCAACAACUGAAAACUUCAUCAAAUGCGUAUCAAAAAAUUCCGAACUUUCCAUACCAGUUACCACAACCCUCUUCACACCAAACAAUUCAUCAUAUACUUCUGUUUUAGGAUCCACAGCAACAAAUCUUAGGUUCUUGGAACCAUCAGUUCCAAAACCAGACUUCAUAUUCACACCAUUACACGAUUCCCACGUCCAAGCAUCCAUUACUUGUUUGAAAGAGCUCGGAUUAAAGCUCAGAGUCCGAAGUGGAGGCCACGAUUACGAAGGAGUUUCCUACGCAUCAAUAAACCAAAGUCGUUUCGCUGUUAUUGAUCUCAUCAAUCUUCGACGUAUCGAGGUUAACAUCGAAGAUAACUCGGCUUGGGUUCAGGCCGGUGCCACUAAUGGAGAACUCUAUUACAGAAUCUCUCAAAAAAGCAGAGUACAUGCUUUCCCAGCUGGACUUUGCACAAGUUUAGGCAUUGGUGGCCACAUAACAGGAGGUGGUUACGGCUCUCUGCUAAGAAAAUAUGGCCUAGCAGCUGAUAACGUUGUCGACGCGUUAAUCGUUGAUGUUAAUCGUAAAAUUCUCAACAGAAAAGCCAUGGGAGAAGACUUGUUUUGGGCAAUAAGAGGUGGUGGUGGUGGAAGCUUUGGAUGUUAG